UGUAGCUGUGUGGCUCUGAGAGAAAGGAGUGGGGGAGCUGCGGUCGCUCGAGGUUUUUCCCCUGCUUACAGUACAGGAUCUCGGCUGCAUCGUGAACGGGUGCAACGCUUUACCCUCCGUGUUUUGCUGCUCUUGUUUAUACAGUCCUGUGUGAUCGCUGUGGAAAUUAAAGAUAAAAAAGUUUUAAAAAAUAAUAAUAAAAAAAAAAUAAUUGUAAAACCGUUGUCGUGUGCUUCGACCAUUGGAUAUAGAUUUAAUUAAAAUAUCUGUCAUAUCUGUGCAUCGGGUGUUAUUGCAAACGGAUCUCAGGAAAAUAUUAAAAUCAUAAGAUCAUAGUAAUCGGUUUCUUUGAGGCUACAGAAGCCCCGUGCACUGGUGUAGGAGAAGUGAUAUUAUGGUAUUAGAAGAAACGAUGGUUUUCUGAAGCAACACCACGCUCUCUUCAACACCAUGGCCCCCUCCAUCCAGCACUCGAAAAUGGCUCGCCGGGUUCUGUUGCAAAGUCUGGCGGUCCUGCUGGUCGCCCACGCCCACGCCACACCAUCCACAGAAUGCGUCCUGCCCGGGUGGUGGCGUGGGGACUGGUUUCACUCCGGCGUGCCCGUGCCUGUCAAGAUCGACGCCACCAACAUCAGCUUCAAGGGCACGUGUCUAGACAGCGAUCGGGACAGAUACUUCAUCAGGGACAUGAUACAUCGCUGUAACAGAUGUCUCGUGAUCCAUCAAAAGCACGAAAAUGUCUUGCAGUAUAAAGAGACCUACUGCGACAACGACAAGACUCUGGACGAAGCUUGCUCGCGCCUAACGGGUGACGCUGUCCUUCACUCCAUGAUCAGGGUGGAGGCGUCGCCCGUCGCCUGCCCGUUCCCCCACACCUACACCUUCACCUACAACUUGGGUCACGCCGACUGCGAGUACCCGAGGAGCACCGUCGACUCCUGCACCGAGGACUGGCGGAUGCUGUUCCGGUACCAGGCUUGCCCGGAUAUCCAGGGGACGGAGAGCACGAUCGAGGAGCUGGUGUGUCUCGGCGUCUGGAAAGAAGGCAGUAACUACUACCUUGUCGGCAAGUCGGACCAUCCCCUGGCCACGUCGGACGAGGACAGGUACCGGUGUUUCGUGUACGACCCCUGGAGAAACCGCACAGCCUCGGGAUUCAACGUUGCACAGAGCGGCGAUGCAACUUGCAAUGGACUUUACUCCGUCUCCAUUGGCUCUAGGCUUCUCUCGCUCACCAGAGUGGACACGAGCGGGAGCAAGUGCCGCUUCCCCCUGUGGAUCGGCGGCCCCCAUUGGCACUCCCUCGACGGCAGCACCACGCUCUCCGUCACCCGCAGGAACUCGACCCUCAGACUCAACGGGCACUCCUCCGCGGGCCCCGUCACGCACGCCUGCCUCGAGCCCUUCGCGCACACGGCCCGGUCGGCCACCUACGUCACCAGGGUCAUUCACGGAUGCACAAACGGCUACCAGUGCGUCCGAAUACUGGCAAGGGACAUGCACGUCCUCGAACUGUUAAUGGGGAGAGUGACCCCCGUCGCCAGCGCCGCCUGCACCCCGUAUUUCUUCGACCCAAAGUCCACCAAUUUCACCACCUUUGUUAGCGGCAACGCGGGCACCAUCGAGUGCCCGAGCACCGGGCGCUAUAAGGUGACGAGCGGAAACGGCGGCGACAGCGACAGCAAGGAGAACCUGAACGUGGCGGCCUCGACCUCGCUGGCCAGCGGCGAGACCGGCGUCGGCGGCGGCGGCGGUGGCGGCGGAGGCGGCGGCGUGGCGCUCACCGACCUGACCAUGGGCGACCACAACUCGCGGUGCGCCGAAGCCUCGUACAAGUCCCUCAGCUUCGGCUGCUCGAACCUCGACACGCUCGAAAUACAGACCACGUGCGACCGGGAAGUGUAUUCCUGCCACGGGUCGUGGGCGGAGGCGGGCCGCGAGUACGUGGUAGUGACGCCCACCUCCCGAAGCAGCAAGGGCGUGCGGCGGCUGUGUCUGGUGCUAGAUCACGGCGUGGGCGUGCUCUCCCUCGCCUCCUCCACCCACUCCUGCAGUCGGGACCUCACGCCCGGUCUCCACGGACACAUCGCGUUCAACACCACGAAUGACGGCGGAUGCCACGACGUCUCCCCCACCAACGGAAGCCCCGCCCCCGUGGGAAGCUCCCCGCUCUCACUGGCGAUUGCUGUUAUGACGUCAUCGUUGGUGUCACGUGGGCUAGUGCUGUUACGAUGACCUUGAUGUGUGUGUGCUGUGUGAUAGAAAAAAAGGAAGCUUUAUGCGUGGUUCUGAAGCAGGACGAUCUUCACAAGCUUCGUGAUAAAGGCUGUGUUGGAAUCACAUGGGAAAAAUGAGAUUGUCCAGGCAAUGCGUGUUAAUUUUAUGUGUAAAGGAAGAAACGAAUAAAUGAUAACAGAGAAACGGGAAAGUUUCCCCCUCAAAAAACACACCAUCAAGUGAUUCUGCAUCAUAGUAAUGUGUAUUAAGAGUGUAGAGUGAUAGUAGUUGAGUAGUGUACAUGUCAUGGUGUACAGUGUCCGUCGGUUAGUGUGGAUGUACAGUGUAACCUUAGCAGUGUUCUCGUCUGCAAACUGCAGUAGAAGUUGACAUGUAAUAAACUUUAAACAGACUAAACAAUGUCCCGAUGAUGUUUCGGUGUCAUGAUGUACCAAAGAUAAUGCUUUUUAACAAACAUGUAGUGUGGGCCGCGUUCGGAAGGAGGAGCCGUCGCCCGGGGGCUGCGUGCGACGCCGGAAGGCUUCCGCGGGCUGGCUUCGGGCCCGCCGGAAGCCUCUCGCCUCUCAGCGUGCGACAGCGACUGGAAACCAUCUCGUGGCGUUGUGUGUGAAUUUUUCUUUUCCCCUUUUUUGUACCUUUUUUUUGCGAUCUUGACCCAAGCUUCAUGGUCCACCACCCGGCGCUUGGUCACGCGCAAGCCCCCAGAAGGCCCACACUUACGCGAGACUCGUGGGGCCUCCCAGAGAGACUCGUCAGUGUAGACUCAGUGUCGGUGUAAGUGUCGGUCGUCGUGGCCAGGUCUCGGGUCGUAGCGAGUGGGAUGUAGUUAGAGACUGUGGUAGAUGUCGAGGGAGAGAGGCUCGGCUGGGCAAGACCCCGUCUCUCGGUGACCCAAGGAUUCCCUCUCUCCUGUCGGUUGUUUUUAUGGUUUCGAGAGGGAUGUAAAAAUAACUGUGUCCGAGGAUCAGUAAAAGAGGGUGUAUGUUAAUUGUUCUGUUGAAAAUGAGCAUAUAUUUUUUUCUUCUCCAAUUCCUCAUUAUUUUAAGAACGUUCUGGACUGUUUUUUAACCUUCCAAGAGAGGGAGCAAGAGUGGAGUAUAUAU